AGACCGCCAGCGGGUUGCGGGCAGGGCACGCGUCUGUUUACUGUCGGACCGUCCCCUCCCCGGCGCCCGGUCCGGGGUUCCGCACGCAGUGAGGGCUCCGAUUAAAACGGCCGGACGAAUGAAUUCGCUAAAUAGGACCGAACGAGCCAACGGGCCUCCCGGUCCCCUCCUCCUCGCCGGCUGGCCGGAGGCCGAGGGGGCCGUGGGCCCCUUUGACCCCUGGACUCUGCCCUGCGGGGAGGGACUCCGUGCCGGGUGGCAGAGCUGAGGGAGCCAUGGAGGUCACGGCGGCGUCUCUGCGCCAAUCCAGCGUGGCCCAGCUGGUCCAGGAGCUGGGGCCCGCCUUCGUCCAGCAACAGCAGCUGCCCGCGGCCAUGGCCGACACCUUCCUGGAGCACGUGAGCCUCCUGGACAUCGACUCGGAGCCCGUCCUCGCCCGCAGCACCGGGAUCGUCGCCACCAUCGGCCCGGCCUCGCGCUCCGUGGAGCGGCUGAAGGAGAUGAUCAAGGCGGGCAUGAAUAUCGCAAGACUCAACUUUUCCCACGGGAGUCACGAGUACCACGCCAAGUCGAUCGCCAACGUGCGGGCCGCGGCGGAGAGCUUCGCGGGCUCCCGGCUCGGGUACCGGCCGGUGGCCAUCGCGUUGGACACCAAGGGCCCGGAGAUCCGGACCGGCCUGCUGGCCGCGGGGGCAGAGGCGGAGGUGGAGCUGGUGAAGGGGUCGCGGGUGCUGGUGAGCGCGGACCCAGGCUUCCGGGCGCGGGGGGACGCGGCCACCGUCUGGGUGGACUACCCCAACCUGGCCCGCGUCGUCAGCCCCGGCGGCUGCAUCUACAUCGACGACGGACUCAUCGCCCUGCGGGUCCUGGAGACAGGCCCGGCGGGGCUGGUGACCGAGGUGGAGAGCGGGGGUCGCCUGGGCAGCCGGAAGGGGGUGAACGUGCCCGGGGCCGUGCUGGACCUGCCGGCCGUGUCGGAGCAGGACGCCCGGGACCUGCGCUUCGGGCUGGACCAGGACGUGGACAUCGUCUUCGCCUCCUUCGUGCGCAAGGCGGCCGACGUGGCCGAGGUGCGCGCGGCGCUGGGGCCCCGGGGACGGGCCGUCAAGGUCAUCAGCAAGAUCGAGAACCACGAGGGCGUGGCCAGGUUCGACGAGAUCCUGGAGGCCAGCGACGGCAUCAUGGUGGCCCGCGGGGACCUGGGCAUCGAGAUACCGCCCGAGAAGGUCUUCCUGGCCCAGAAGAUGAUGAUCGGGCGCUGCAACCUGGCGGGCAAGCCCGUCGUCUGCGCCACGCAGAUGCUGGAGAGCAUGAUCUCGAAGCCGCGCCCCACGCGGGCUGAGACCAGCGACGUGGCCAACGCCGUGCUGGACGGGGCCGACUGCAUCAUGCUGUCCGGGGAGACGGCCAAGGGGGCCUUCCCGGUGGAGGCCGUCUGCAUGCAGCACGCGAUCGCCCGGGAGGCGGAGGCGGCCGUCUACCACCGGCAGCUGUUCGAGGAGCUGCGCCGGGCGGCCCCCCUCACCAGGGACCCCACCGAGGUCACCGCCGUCGGGGCCGUGGAGGCCGCCUUCAAGUGCUGCGCGGCCGCCAUCGUCGUGCUGACCACCUCCGGCCGGUCGGCCCAGCUCCUGUCCCGCUACCGCCCGCGGGCGCCCAUCCUGGCGGUGACCCGCACGGCCCGGGCGGCCCGCCAGGCCCACCUGUGCCGCGGCGUCUUCCCCCUGCUCUACCCCGACCCCCCGGAGCCCGUCUGGGCCGACGACGUCGACCGCCGCGUGCAGUUUGCCAUCGACAGCGGCAAGCUCCGAGGCUUCCUCCGCACGGGCGACCCGCUGAUCGUGGUGACGGGCUGGCGGCCGGGCUCCGGCUACACCAACAUCAUGAGGGUGAUCGGCGUGCCCUGAGGGCCCCAGCGGCCCCCCUCCCCGCCCCCCGGCCCCCGCUCCCCUCUCGGACCAUUAUCCACCUCCAUCCCGGCCCCCGCCCCCCGCGCCGGGGCGGCCUCGAUCCCCAGGCGACCGGCCCGAGCUGCUGUUGCCCGGGGGCCCGGCCCUGCCCCGGGCCCUGGUUCCGGUCCCCCUCUCCGCCCCCCGGCUUCUGGUCCGUUCGUUGGAGUGUAUUUAUGGGGCGAUUACCGCGUGCAGAGCGCUGUACUAAGCGCUCGGGGGAGGACAGUAGAACCAAAUAAGAGACCCAUUCCCUGCCCAC